UUCUAUCGACCGACGACAGUAACGGUGGAUCUUUGCCUAGCACUGUUAAUUUCGCUCUAUCUAAAAGUGUCGGAAAACCGGAAUAUUCAAUAAAAAUUAGAUCAUUUUCGUCAUACAAAUCAGCGGUGAUGAUCAAGUUCGCGAUAUUCGAUGAUUGUUUCGCAGUAGGCCACGGCGCGCGCGAAUUACGAGCUAACUGAAAAUUUCGUACGCCAUUAGGGGAGUGUUGAGUGCAGAAACACCAGACAUCGAAUUUGAAGUCUACAUUGAGGCAAAUAACCGACUCGAAGGGAAACGCGAAGAUAAAAACCUCUCGGGGAUAAUACUACGAUUUUCGGAGCAGGGAUAUAGUAUGAUAUUAGUAGUACCUAACGCGCAUGUGGUGCACACCGGUGUCCCUUCCUAAAGUGUUGAACACAAGUGCUUCAAGAAGAAGGAAAACAGUUAUAUGAGUGAUUGGGACAUCCCAUAAAAUAUCACCUAUAUGCACAAAGUGAAUAUUAUCAUAAAAGCUCGACAGGAAUCGUUAAGUAGAGUAUAAGCCUCCAUAGUUCCGAACCUUCGUUCCGGUUGUUAUCCAGUUAUCCAGUCAAACCUCAAAGCAAAAGGAAUCAUAGAAGUGCAACUAUAAUAAUCAACUUUCCAUAAAUCGUUCGGGGAAUUCGUCAGAAAAAUUCCCAAAAUGCUGAUACGGUGGAAGAGUAAAGACAAAAGCUCUUCCUCAAACUCAUCAGGAAGCACGAAGAAGAAAAGGAAAGGCCGAGAAGGAGAUGAAGAUUGGCAGAACGAAAAAAGCAACCGCAAUCAACAGAAUGAGCCAGCAACAGACGAUCGAAGACGUGUUGCCAGAAGUAGAGAGGAUCCUAGAAGACACACUUUGGGUGGAGACAUGUUGCAUUAUCAGGGACAAGGCGAACUCUCAGUCCUUCAGCGAUCCCUGGAUUUAGAUACUCGGCAGAUGAGAGCAUAUCCACCCGUUAAUCAAGGUGCGCUGUUUGAUGAUGAUCCUGGAAUUAUGUCCGAGGUUGAAACCGCCAGUACAGGAUUUAGACGAGGUGGUAAACAAAGAUCUUCAUUGCCAGUUGUUCGAACACCGUCUAAAACCCUCGAAAGACCAUUAGGACUGGUGUUUUUGCAAUACAGAUCUGAGACAAAAAGAGCGUUGCUUCCAAACGAAAUCACCUCUAUCGAUACUGUACGGGCUUUGUUUGUGCGAUCAUUUCCCAGGCAAUUAACCAUGCAGUACUUGGAAGGCCCCAAUGUCAAAAUAUAUAUUCACGAUUCCAGUAAGGAUAUGUUCUACGAGCUGGAGGAUGUGCGAUCACAUCUACGGGAAAUCCGGGAUCGUUCCGUUCUCAGAUUGUUCGAGUCAAAUGAAGUGAGUGCCCCUCAAGUUUUGCCUGGAGGCCCUGGCAUUCCACAACCGUUAGCGACACCUGGCGCACCUGGGCUUUGGGACUCAGAACAAAGCUACUUCAGUGAACCGGAAUUCGAUUCAGAUUACAGGCAUCAGCAUAUUCAUAAGAGUAAGACUGGAAAAGCACCAUACUACUUAGGAGCACAAACUUUACCUAGAGGAAUGUAUUCAGACAGAAGCAAAAGCACAACCGGACUACCUUCGAAGCCAAUACGGUCGUACGGAUCAAAAGGAAGCAUUGGACCGUCAUUUCAAUACUCGCCAGAUCAGCUUUAUAGCAUUCCAGAUGGAUACAUGAGUUCUCCAGAACGAAGCGGUGCCAACAGAGCAUAUGAGGAGCCUUAUUAUACCCAGUAUAGCGGGCGGGGAAAUGCAGUUACGUCAAUUAUAGAUGAAGAACAAGGAGAUGCCAAUUUAGCAGAUGAUCAAUAUGCAAUGUAUGGUGUUAAAGGCCUUGGAAGAAUACCGCAUGCUGCAAAUCAAAUGUAUGAGCCAACAAGGCCUGAGGAUCUACAUCGCAUUCGGGUUGAGCACAUGGAAAGACAGUUGGCCAAUCUGACCGGCUUGGUACAGAAAGCAUUGACACAGAAACCAGCACAGCCAGUAGUUAGUAACAAUCAAAGCACAUUAGGCCUGCCAGCACAAUAUCGUUCAGACAAAUCAGUGUCAUUUGAAAAAUCCGUUUCGUUCAGCGAUGAUGUUCAGGGAACCCCUAAGCCUUAUUCUCCACAUCACCUAGCUGACACAAAACCAUCAAAACCUGCAAUCAAAUCCUCAACGUUGCCACGAACAUCAUCUCAAGAACGUGAUCGGUUGAAGCCUGCACCACCACCAAAACCGCUAGUAUUAGCGGCGAAUCAAUACAACGCAGACCUGUCGCUCGCACCGGAAGUAUACAAUAAUCUGCGAGGAUUGCAGAAAAAGGCCAAAGAUUUGAGAACAGAAGUACGAGCAAUGCGGCGCCUAACCCAAACACAAGCGGUUGCCAUACGAGAAGAUAUAAAGGAUACAUUUAUGAGAAUACGGGCAACAUUGCUGUCCAGUAGUGGAGCACAUUGGGGACAAUCAGAUCAAGAACGAACGAAAAUGACUAGAGAGGAGGAAAUUUACAAACAAGAAGUAAUACGAUUAGAAAAGGAUUUGAGUGAUUUGGAAUCAUCGGUUGAGGGUUUACGAGGAGAAGUUAUCAAUCGUCGCACUCGUGUUAAUAUGACGGCAGUUGAAGACAUGGCUCUUGUUCUCAGUAGGGCGAGUAAAACUGUCGCAGAAUUGAAGUUGCGAUUUCCCAGGUUACAACAAGAUCUGCGUACAUUCCUCACUAUCGAUAUGGAAAGAAUUUGCCGAGAAGAAAAUUUCCUGAAGGAAGAACCGGAGCGAUUGGAGUCAGCAUUGAGGAGGUGUAAGAAGUUAACAGGCACGUUAGUUACACUUAAAAGGCUUGCAAGUGUGCAGGAACAACGAUUGCCCAUUCCUGAACCAUUCUUGUCAGAGGAACCGGUGAGAGCAUCUGAAGGGCCACCAAAUCCCAACAAGCCAGUCCCAAGUCCCAGGCUGGGGGCGGUCUCUAUCAACGGGGGAAUUGCGCCAGAAAACGCCCUCGACGCUCUUCUAGAUGAACUUCAAACAUUUGCCAAACCACCAAAUGGAACAAAUGAGAUUCGCCCUGAUGAUUCCACUUCUGAUGACAGCUCGCAAGCUAUACAAACAACAGUAACUACAAAAAUGGCUCAAGCUCAGCUUUACCCUGAUACAAUAUCAACCAAUGUAGGACUAAGACGUUUACACUCAUACCCAAGUGGAUCAGAUACUGAUACUAGUCCCCCUCAACCUAUUCGCCCGAUUGGCAAGCCACCCGUUCCUGAGCGUAACGCUGAAUUACUAUCAAAGGUCAACAGUAAGCGAGUACCUCCACCUCCGCCGCCUCGAACUAGCUCGCGUAGCCCUCUGGCUAGUCCCACCAGUCCCAAUAUGCCCCAUCAAAUGCAACAAAUUUCAGAUAUCGAUCAGCAAAACAUCAUAAACUCAGAAAACAUGACAAAAGAUUCGGGGAUGGAUUCCAGCAGCGAAUCAGUUAGUUCAGAUAACUCACAACGACAACAAGCUCUUGAAAUGCGUCAUCAGGAAUUAUUGAAGAAACAAAAACAGCUUCAAGAACAAUAUCAACGUUUACAACAAAUGAGUAAGAAUAGCAUCCCACUUGUCACUCCUGACGAUAAGAAAAAAGGUAGAUCCGGUAUGAGUGGAUCGUUGAAGAAUUUAGCUGAUGAAAACUUUUCUGAUGGUAUUGAUGCAUCCAACUGCGGCAACAUUGACAAAAACGGAGAACUAAGUAGUACUGGCACUGUGAGCAAUCUCACAAAGACUACCAAUAAAGUCUAUGAAACUGAUAUACUAUAACAGCAAGCCAAAGGAUGGCAUGAAACAGAUGUAGAUUUUCUAUGAUCUAAUUUAGACGCUAAACAUAUUUUUAGAUCCUUUGGCAAACGAUGCUAAGGUUUUGUUAUGUUUUAUAAUUUUCGAUCUACAUGUCGAAGAUAUACAGUCGAAAAAUAUCGAGAGGUGUUACGAUUAUGUUAUACUUCUUACUUGUGAUGUUUUCAAUAAAUAAGCGUUAAUUGCAUUAAA